AUGGAUAUUUAUGGGAUUAUUCCUAUAGCAAAAGGGUCAUACAAAUUGCAAAAACAGAUGAAAGAGUUCCUCCACGGGUUCUAUCGAUUGCCAAUAGGUCCGAUGUCGGAGAAGUUUUCAGCCACGCUAAGAAUUGGCGACUUGAACGAUUACAUAGCACCGUCGCAGGGGUGUGUGAUUAAAACUGAGAAUGCAGGGAGAGCUAGGAAUACUCCUAAAGCAACUCAAACCGAGCCUGUGAAGAUCUCGCUCAAAGACUGUUUAGCGUGCAGUGGAUGCAUAACAUCUGCAGAGACUGUUAUGCUUGAGAAGCAGAGUUUAGACGAGUUUCUUUCGAACCUCAACAAAGGAAAAGCUGUGAUUGUGUCGAUUUCUCCCCAGUCUAGAGCUUCUCUUGCUGUUCAUUUCGGUCUUUCUCCCCUUCAGGUCUUUCGGAAACUUACGACAUUGUUGAAGUCUUUGGGAGCGAAAGCCAUAUUUGAUACCAGUAGCAGUCGAGAUUUAACGCUUGUCGAGUCUUGUAAUGAAUUCCUAACGCGUUAUAAACAAAACAAUUCAGCCAAUGAUGAGAAGUCAAAAUCAUCUCUUCCUAUGAUUUCAUCGGCUUGUCCAGGUUGGAUAUGCUAUGCUGAAAAGACUCUUGGAUCUUAUAUUCUUCCAUAUAUUUCUUCUGUAAAAAGUCCACAACAGACUAUAGGAGCUACCAUCAAGAAUCACAUAUGGGAAGAGCUACAUAUCAGGCCAGAGGAGAUAUAUCAUGUCACCGUAAUGCCCUGUUAUGAUAAAAAGCUCGAGGCUGCUCGGGAUGACUUUGUAUUCCAAGUGGAUUCUGAUAGUGAGAGAGUUACAGAGGUUGACUCAGUAUUGACAACUGGAGAGAUUUUAGAACUAAUUCAGAUGAAAUCGGUCGAUUUUACAACCUUGGAAGAAUCUCCAGUUGAUAAACAAUUGUCAAAUGUAGACGAAGAUGACAAUCUCUAUGGUGUCCGUGGAAGCUCCGGUGGUUAUGCCGACACAAUAUUCCGGCAGGCUGCAAAAGUGCUUUUCGAGAAGGAAAUUGAAGGUCCCCUUGAGUAUAAGACGAUAAAGAAUGCUGAUUUUCGUGAAGUGACUCUUGAAGUAGAUGGUAAAACUGUGCUUAGAGUUGCACAGUGUUACGGUUUUAGGAAUCUGCGCAACAUUGUCACAAAAAUAAAAUCAAGAAAGUGCGAAUAUCAUUUUCUGGAGAUUAUGGCAUGCCCUUCAGGAUGCCUCAAUGGUGGAGGUCAAAUCAAACCCAAACCCGGCCAAUCUGCUAAAGAUUUGAUCCAGCUUUUGGAAACAGCAUAUUCUGAAAACGUAAAAGUGGCUGAUCCUUUUCAAAACCCUCGAAUCAAAAGAUUGUACAAUGAGUGGCUCGGUCAACCGGGUUCAGAGGUAGCCAAAAGACAUCUUCACACUGAAUAUCACCCAGUCGUGAAGAGCAUCUCCUCUGAGCUGCAAAACUGGUGAGAGUUUUGCUUGUUAUUUUUGGCUGAUGGUUUUUUCGGUUAAUGCUUUGUUGUAUAUGGCAAUAAGAUUUCUCUUUUCACACACAAGUUGUAUCUUUUACAGUGAUUGUGUAUCUCUGCAUAUUUUUUCUGUAGGCAGGUUGAAUGUUUUGUUUUCUCUAUAGGAAUCCAAUUUUGUUAGGAUGUGUUUUUGGUGUAGAAUUUUGUUUAGCUGGUCGUACACAUGUUGUGUGUGCUUGUUCGAUUUUUUUUUUUCGUGUUUAUGUUGGUUGAAGAAAAGAUGAUGUUUGAACAGACAUAGAUAGAACUCCAUGCUCUCUGCUCUGUUUAACACCUACAGGGAAGAUCUAACUAUGUAAAGAUGACUAUUCUCAUAAUGGGAUAUAUUCUGUCUCUUGUUUAUACAGUUCUUGAGACAUUUGUUAUGUGUAUUCGAAACAACCUUGAAGUGAUAAAUAUGUAGUUUUUUUUUU